AAUUUCUCUGGCUCUUUUAUGGCUCGAGAAGAUUCGUUUUAAGACAAAUAAUUGUUUUUCCUAGGUCUUAGCUUAUUUUAUUGUUAUAUUUUAUUGUUGCCGCUUUGUUUUAUUUCUGUCACAUGGUUUGCAAUGUUUAUUUUCAUUAUAUUAAUCUGACUUCAACCUUAAGACGUCUCAGCAAAGCAUACAAUUUAUUUUACAUUGAAUCAAACAUGUUGAAUUAAAUUGGCAUCCUUUUCUUAAUGUGACAUUCAUUUGUGUUUGCUCAGUAAUGUGCUCAUUGAAGCAAAAAUAAUAAUAAUCAAGUAUUUAUUUCUUGACUGUUUCUCUAUUGGCAACUCUAGGUACCAUCUCCUGAUCUCGGAUCAGCCGGUCAUCUGGUCAGUCUGCAUGUAUCGGACAUCACUCUGUCUACAUUCCAGCUUUGAAUCUUAAGGUUAUUCAACGUGUUCUUCUACAAUUACAACAGUUUCCAAAUACUGGUGCUGACAAUGCCACAUUGAACCAGGAAUUCUUAUUUUGUGUCAGUAACCUUAAGUAUCCUGUCAUGAUGGAGGUGCUGGAGGAGACUUUCAGUGACAUGGCUGCAACUAAGGUCAGUUGCCAGUGUGGUCAAUGAGCAUGUACGCGGCAGUGUUACCUUGUCGAACAGCGAACUGGAAGGGCUUGGAAAUGCAGCUUACAGUUUGCUGAGAUGACUGAACUCAUCUUCACUCAUUCUUGGAGGAGACUGACUAGCUGUGCCACCAGGCGGAGAAGGCCAAUAUUCCUACCAGUCAGCCCUGUUGAGUAAUCCAAAUAGAAGACGUAUUGAAAAACACUUCAUGCUGGAUCAACCAUGCAUAAUAAAUACAGUAGAGGAGAAAGAAGUCUGGCAGAAAAGGUGACUGGGCGGCGUUGUGAAGGAGCUCUCAGCUCACAAAACCUUUACAAGCUGGAAGAUUUUUCAGCCUGCCCAGCAGCAGCAGUAGCAACAGCAGCAGCAACAAGACUUCUGCUUCCAUCUGAAUAAAAAUAAAAGGAAUAAAGAGAAUACAUUUAACCCCUGUGACUGCAGAGAACACAAAGGUAAAGUCACACAAUCAUGACAGAAAAAGACUGAAAGCUCUGUUUGAAAUCCAACAUUAGGGAGAAAAAAACGAAAUGACUUUAUUAGUUGACUGAUAAAUAUGACUUUAUAUAUAAUUCUCUGAGGGAAAAGACAAAGUGAAACAGUAAAAAUAAAAUAAAGAAAAUAGAUUGAGCAGAAAUGAAAGAAAAAUUAAAAUAAAAUCAUAAAUCACCUCUUUCCAGUUUACUGUAAAUCCAGAUGCAGAAUCAGACAGAAACCUGUCAAUCUGUAAAAAAAAAAAAAGUACUGUUAGUACAGAACAGUGCAGUAACAACAGUACCAGGGCACCAGUCGGACCUGAGCUGUACGUGGGAGAAGCGUUACAACACCGCAGGGCCCGGCUCUUCAGGCCAGGUCUCAGCUGUCAGCCUUUAUCUUAGAGUUGUCUGCGACUCUGGAGAAUUAGAAUGUAGAAAAGACAGAUGGUUUGAAAGAGGAGUGGGAAAAACAACAAAACAACACACUUUUGACUUGAUGAUUUUUUUUUCUUCACAGUCUUUGCUGCGUUUUCAAAGAUUCCCUGUGGUGACGUGAUCCCCGAGCCUCCGUCUGGAGGAGACGGUGGUGAUGGAGGAAAUAUGGGCCUUUUUUUAACACGCCUUUACUUUGAGUGAGCAUCAAAUGCAUUUUUAAGUGUGUGUGUGUAACAUGGGAAAGAAGAGCGAGGACCUUGAAGAAGCUGCUGUGGGUGAAAAGACGAGACGUAAAGAAAGUGUCCUUGGCUGUGCAGACCUUUGGUGAAGACAGACUCGAUCUGUCCACCAUUCAUUGCCUGACAUUGAUAAGACGCAGCCUGCAGUCCAGGGAUCAAAGGUUGCGUGGGCGUGCAGCAGCAAGGCUAACCACCGAUUUCAUUCAUGACCUUCAGUAAAAACAACGAGGCUCCUGUGAUGAUUCUUCCUGCUCUGAAGGAAGGGCGGGCGCUGUGCCAGCACCAUCCUCCUUCUCUCCACUGGGCACCGGCUGAAGCCAAUACACUGUGGCACCACAUCAGUGCGACUGCAGCGCAGCGCACCGGAGCAGAGCAGAGCAGAGCAGAGCUGGAGGAAAGCAGAGGAAAGAGGUGAAGAGGAGGAGGAGGAGCUGGAGCAGGACGGUCUGUCUCCCCUCCGACAGGCGGGAAUAUACUCUGUGGUGUCCCGUCCCUUCAACAUGUCCGUGGGGAGUAAAGGACUCGCUGGGAUUAGCGGGAUCUUGGUCUGGCUGCUGUUUGGCUCCUGGGGGACAGGUGCGGAAGAUGUAUGUGACAGUCCCCUCGUCUCCAGUUUGCCACCUUCAUCCUUCAGGAGCUCCUCUCAGCUGUCCAGCAGCCAUGCACCAGUGUUCGCCAAAGUCAACAGGAGAGAAGGAGCCGGAGGUUGGUCUCCCCUGGUCUCAGACAGAUACCAGUGGUUGGAGGUGGAUUUGGAGAGACGGACCCAAAUCACAGCUGUUGCCACACAGGGACGGUACGGCAGCUCUGAUUGGCUGACAGGUUACCUGCUGAUGUUCAGCGACACGGGACACAACUGGAGGCAGCACCGACAGGAGGACAGCUUAGGGGCGUUUGCAGGUAACAGUAACGCCGACACUGUGGUCCAGUAUAAACUGGAGCAGCUGGUCAUAGCUCGAUACCUCCGACUGAUCCCUCUGGACUGGAACCCCACUGGGAGAAUUGGACUCAGACUGGAAAUAUAUGGAUGUCAAUACACCUCUGAUGUGGCGAACUUUGAUGGCAGCAGCAGUCUGCUCUUCAGGCUGAGUGUCAGGCCGAGCUGGACAUCGACACAGAUGAUCUCUCUGAAGUUCAAGACCAUGAAGAAUUCUGGAACGCUGCUCCAUGCAGAGGGAGCAGGAGAUCACAGCCUCACCCUGGUGCUGGAGAAAGGACAGCUGCUGCUCUACCACCAACAAGGUAUGGGUUCCUCCCUGGGGGGCCAGCUUCUUGUUUCCUUGGGGAGCCUGUUGGAUGACCAACACUGGCACACUGUAAAACUGGAGCAGCUCAGCACUCAUCUGAACCUGACUGUGGACAAAAACACUCAGCAGGUUCAUAUACCAGCUGAGCUCAGCCAAUGGGAUAUUCACCAGCUGAGUGUGGGAGCGGUCCAGAGCCAUGGACUACAGAGACCCAUCCGGUCCAACAGGAGUUUUAAGGGAUGUUUGGAAAACCUGUUGUAUAAUGACCUGAGCCUGGUAAACCUGGCCAAACAGAACAACCACCAGGUCACCGUCAUGGGCAAUGUGACCUUUUCCUGUGCCGAGCCAGUGUCGGUCGCUGUGACGUUCACCGACUCCCAGAGCUUCCUGCAGCUGCCUGCACUGACAUCCUGGUCAUCAGGGGUUGUCACCGUAACGUUGCAGUUUAGGACGUGGAACCAAGCCGGAUUGCUCUUGACUUUUGCCCUCCCUCAGCAGGAGACCAGUGUCUGGUUAUACCUGAGCGAGGCCAGACUUCGCCUGCAGAUCAGGAAAGCCGGCAGGGCCGCUCUGGAGCUCAGUGCAGGCUCAGGUCUGAAUGACGGUCAGUGGCACUCAGUGGAGAUGACCUCCAAAAACGACUGCCUGAGCAUCAAAGUAGACAAGGAUGAAGGAGCGACGGCUCACAGCAGCUUCCCCCUCCCUCUGACUGCUGAGAGCCAGCUCUUCCUUGGUGGCUGUCCUCCUCAGCAGAGCGGUGUGGACUGUACCAACCCCUUCACCGUGUUCCAGGGCUGCAUGCGUCUCCUGACUCUGGACGACCAAACUGUGGACCUGAUUGAAGUGCAGCAGAGACUGCUGGGGACGUACGACCACCUGCAGAUUGAUAUGUGUGGCAUCAUUGACAGGUGUUCUCCAAGUCACUGUGAACAUGGCGGCAGAUGUUCUCAGUCCUGGAGCACUUUCUACUGUAACUGCUCCGACAGCGGCUACAGAGGAGCCACCUGUCACAGCUCGACACACGCACAGUCGUGUGAGGCUUACAAACACAAAGGCAAGACAUCGGGAUAUUACUACAUAGAUGUGGACGGCAGUGGACCAAUCAAACCACAGCUUGUCUACUGUAACAUGACAGAGGACAGAGGCUGGAUGAUGAUCCCACACAACAACACAGAGUUGACCAGACUUCUGACGUCUCCUGAGUCAGGCCAGCAUUCAGUCCACUUUGACUACGCCACUGACGAAGAGCAGCUACUGGCCAUUAUUAGCCAAUCAGAGCACUGUGAGCAGGAGCUGUCCUAUCACUGCAGGAAGUCCCGCCUCCUCAACUCACCAGAGGGAGCGCCCUUCAGCUGGUGGGUGGGCGGUCCAGAUCCAGGUCAGGUCCAGACGUACUGGGCUGGAGCCCAGCCGGGCAGUCGUCAGUGUGCCUGUGGUCUGCUCAACAGCUGCCUAGACUCACUUCACUACUGCAACUGCGACGCCGACCGUGACCAGUGGACCAAUGACUCAGGUCUUCUCACACAUAAGGAGACUCUUCCAGUACGGUCACUGAUCCUGGGUGACGUCCAUCGUCCGGGGUCAGAGGUCGCCUACAGGGUGGGACCACUGAGCUGUCACGGAGACAAGAACUUUUGGAAUGCAGCAUUUUUUGAUAAGGAGACUUCCUACCUCCACUUCCCCACCUUCCACGGUGAGCUGAAUGCAGACAUCUCCUUCCUCUUCAAAACCACGUCCUCCUCCGGGGUCUUCCUCGAAAAUUUGGGCAUCAAAGACUUCAUUCGCAUUGAACUCAGAUCUGCCUCGGAGGUUGUUUUCUCUUUUGAUGUGGGCAACGGACCACUGGAGGUAGCAGUGGAGACGAGCGCCCCCCUGAAUGACGACCGGUGGCACAGCGUGCGAGUGGAGAGAAACGUCAAAGAGGCGUCGCUCAGUGUCGAUGAGUUUCCCACCAGGACGCAGGAAGCUCCCACUGACGGACACAUUCAUCUCCAGCUCAACAGCCAGUUAUUCAUAGGAGGGACUGCAUCGAGGCAGAAGGGCUUCCUGGGCUGCAUCCGUGCUCUGCAGCUGAACGGCGUCACUCUGGACCUGGAGGAGCGGGCCAAGAUCACCCCAGGGGUGAGACCCGGCUGCCCGGGCCACUGCAGCAGCUACGGCGCCCUCUGUCAGAAUCAGGGUCGAUGUGUUGAGAAGGACAAGGGUUUCUCCUGUGACUGUGGUCAGUCGGCCUACACUGGAGCCUUCUGUCAUCAAGAGGUCUCCGCCAGCUUUACGUCGUCAGUGUCCGUGGUUUACAUCCUGAAGGAGCCGUACGAACUGAGCAGCAACAGCAGCGUCCGCCCGUCGUCCAUCUACUCUGAAAUUUCACUGAGAGGAGAAAACAUCUCCCUGAGCUUCAGGACCUCACAGAGCCCCGCUCUGCUGCUCUACAUCAACUCUUUCUUCAAGGAGUACCUGGCGCUGCUCAUCAACAAACAUGAUGAAUUGGAACUGAGGUACAAGUUACACAGCAGCAGAGACGUGGAGGUGCUGGGCAGCAGAGUUAGCAACCUGGCUGAUGGACGUCUGCACACAGUGACCAUCUGGAGGCUGGCAGAUGCCGUGUCCGUGCAGAUCGACCAGAACGCCAGAGAGGACUUCAACCUGACAUCUGAUGUUGAAUUCAACAGCGUCAAGUCACUUAUUCUGGGCAGAGUGCAGAAGCCAGAUGAGUUGGAUGCAGAGCUGGUGGGUUUGGCCUCUGUGGGCUUCACCGGUUGUCUGUCAGCCAUUCGAUUUAACUCCAUCGCUCCUCUGAAAGCCGCCCUACUGCCCACCGACAGCCGAGUCACCGUCACAGGUCCCCUGGUCCAGUCCAACUGUGGGUCCACGUCUCCAGCCAGGCCGUACACAACAGCAACCACGCACUCCUUAUCAGAUCAGCCUGGCUCAGCAGAUUCAGGCCAGCCUCUCGUCAAUGCUAUCAGAAGUGACUCUGCUCUAAUUGGAGGUUUGAUUGCCGUGCUGAUAUUCAUAACCGUGUCCGCGUUGGCGAUCACGGCCAGGGUCUUUUGGACUAAAAAAGAGACGUAUCGAAAUCAGGAUGUGAAAGCGUCUCAGCCAGACGAAGGUCAGGAGUUUCCCUUCAGCAGCCAGGCAGACUCUCAGAGCACUCCCUGUGAAAACCAGAAGGAAUAUUUCAUCUAGAGGGAGCGCUGUGGAAAACAGGGGAGAAUCUCACUGGC